AUGUCGGAACCCGCUGCAAAACGACCUAAACUCGCGUCAGGAGACGAAGACGCUACGAUGAGCGACCAGCCUGGUGGAAUUACUCGUUCGGAAGACUUCUGGCUGGAUGAUGGAAACAUCAUUCUUCAAGCGGAGGGCACACAGUUUCGCGUCCAUAAAUCGAUGCUGGCGCGUCAUUCCACCAUAUUCAAAGACAUGUUCUCGUUUCCUCAGCCUGCAGAGCCAUUGGAUCCGGAUGUGGAGGUCAUUUUGUCGAUUUUCUAUGAUAACAUAAAGUGCAGUGUUAUCGACCUUGAGAAGGCCCUCUCCAUUGAUCAAAUCAAAUCCAUAUUAUCCAUGGCAAAGAAGUACGACAUCACCUAUCUGCGAGAUCGCGCUCUGGAGAGGCUACGGAGAUGUUUUCCGACCACGGUCAAAGGGUGGGACGCCUCAUUCGGAGAUGCAAAUGGCCCGACUAUUCACUUCAAGCCUCCGCUCGAUACCGUUGAAGCCGUCAUUGCCCUUGCCCUUGAGCACGGCAUACCCAGCAUCCUUCCCAGUGCCUAUUUGUAUCUUGCUGCCCUAGUUCCCCCAGAAAAAAUCGUGGGAGGCGACAAGAGUAUCCUCUCCCUAGAGGCGCGUCUGCAGUGCAUACUCGGAAGGGAUAACCUGAUUCGUGAGAUCCACUCCUCCGUGCAACUAUGGUGGUACGACAGGGAAUUUAUGCCACCCGAAAGGUGCACUAUGGAUCAACUCCACCCCUCGAGGGCCGAGGUACUUGAUGCCUUUGUCACUGCGCUGUGGCUCACGGAUGAGAAGACAGUGUGGGAUUUUAAUGCCAAGAUCCCAACACCUGCUGGGGAAAAGGUCGCUCACCUUUGCCCAUCAUGCGCAGAUACGGUGAAACUAUUCUAUAGGAGGGUUCGCAGGGAGAUCUGGCGCAGACUACCUGAGCUCUUUGAUCUUCCACCAUGGAGAGAACUCAAGGACUUUGACGUAUGGCCCCUAACUCCGGCCCGUAUCUCCCGUCACGUUCCGAAGACGCCCUUUGUCCUCGAGCUUGAAUUGACGCAUUCUUCGUACACCAUGUCGGAACCCCCUGCAAAGCGCCCUAGACUCGCGUCAGACGAUGGUGAUGUCACAGUCAGCAGCACGGAGUCGGCUAGUGGCAUUACUCGUUCAACAAACUUCUGGUUGGACGACGGGAACAUCAUCCUUCAAGCAGAAAACACCCAGUUUCGCGUCCACAAGUCUAUGCUGGCGCGUCAGUCGUCCAUUUUCAAGGACAUGUUUUCGAUUCCUCAGCCUUCAGAACCUCUGGACCCGGUUGUUGAAGGGUGUCCCGUCGUCACUCUUUCUGACAAGGCCAGCGAUGUAGACUGCAUCCUGUCCAUCUUCUACGAUAAUGUCAAUGUCGUUGAUCUGGGAGAAGCUCUCUCCAUCGAUCAACUAGCUGUGAUACUCUGUAUGGGAAAGAAGUACGACAUCACCUAUUUACGAGAUCGAGCCCUAAAGAAGCUACGACGGUGUUUCCCAACAACGAUAAACGGCUGGGACGCUUCUCUCCGUGAUGGAAAGGACUCAACUCUCAACUUUGACCCCCUCGUCUACACCAUUGAAUCUGUCAUAUCUCUCGCACAUACGCACGGGAUACCUUCCAUACUUCCUAGUGCUUUCCUGUUCUACGCCUCGCAAGUCCCACCGGACCGCAUACUGAGGGGCGACUAUGAUGUGCUCUCUCACGAAGCGCGCAUACAGUGCAUCCUAGGAAGAGACGAUUUAGCUCACCGAAUCUACACGAUUGUGCAAGGAUGGACCGCCGACACUAGAAAGUUUAUGUCCGACUUGAAAUGUGAACCCGAUGACUGCGCCGGCCUCUCGAGAAUGGAGGUGUUAGAAGACUUGGGCGAUGUAUUGUGGUUAGCGGAUGAGAAGACUGUGUGGGGUUUAAAUGCUGAUAUCCCGAAACGCGCUUCGGAUACGCUUCGUUAUAUUUGCGAGCCCUGUGCGACCAGCGUCAAAAAAUGCUACGAUGAUGCUCGCCAGGAGAUCUGGAAGGAGCUGCCUGAGAUCUUUGCACUUCCAGAGUGGGAGCAGCUUAAGGACUUUGACACUUGA